CGGGCCAUGGGGAGUCGUUGCGGUUUAUGCAAAUCCCUCCCGAGUCUCCUCCUCGCGGCGCCCUGAGCCGACGCCGGGCAGUUCGGUGCAUUUUUAGGAGUUACAUAUUUCAAAAGAGAAAGUAUUGUUUAUAACGUGUGUAGAUUGCUUAGAGCACUAAGCUAAAAUCAGAGCGCAGCUAGUCUACGGGCCUGAUCUGUACUAAAUAUGCGCUGGACUGAAAAGCAUGCCGCAGUGUGGAACUUGUGAAAAGCCGGUAGUCACACAGACAUUUUGCCGGUUGGGGUUGUUCUCUUUGUCUGAGUGAGAGGAGCGUGCUCUUUUGUCUGGGUUUAGCUUUUUGUUUCGGGGUGAAAGCGUCGCUGACAGGUUAUAUUUUUUGGGGGGCAUCGCUGUGUUUUCGCAUACUGAAAAUGCUACACAUUAAGAAAUAUUUAACGGAGGGACUAAUUCAGUUCACAAUUCUUUUGAGUUUAAUCGGAGUUCGCGUGGAUGUCGACACAUACUUGAACGGCUAUCUCUCGCCGCUCCUGGAAACAACUAUUGGGCCAAGUUCAGCUUACAUACAGACAGACUUUCACAAUCUGGGGGACACUUUUGACGGUACUAGUCUGCACCCAAAAUGUCCCGAUUUGGACUACUAUUUCGCAAGCAGGCGGCUCCUACGCGAGGUACGGGCACUGGGCUCUCCUCGGUUCCCCACUCGCGUCAGCGCAUGGUUGGUCCACUUGGUCCCUGGCGGAGCAGAAGCGAGCGCCGCAGCUCAGAAUAGCACCGGGGCUGCGCUGUCAGACGGUGUCACCGACGGCGACAACGGCAGCCAAACCGACGUGGAAGAGGAGGACAGCUGCUCAUUCUACCGGAGAAGGCUACUGGGAGAGGGGAGCCCGCCUGCGGAUCCCGAAAAUGGCACCAGGCCCUGUCCUAGCGCGGCAUGCAAAGAGGACCCUGACACCCUGGGGACGUUGCUACGGCGACAGGGGCAGGAUGACCCAUCUGCAGCGGAGGGAGGGGUCACUGAUGACCCCCCACGCCUGGACUGCGGCCCCGCCCCGGACUCUGAGGGUCUCCAUGGAAACGGCGUGGCGUUGCUGGGGGACCAGCAGUGGCAGGACUUCCUUUCUCUCUCCGGGUUCGAUGACCUGGAAAUGGACAUCUCCAACGCCAUCAGCCAGGACGUGAGCCUGCAGGACGCCAUGGUUACGGGGGGCGGGGCCUCCGGGGCGGAGCCUGUGGGUGUGGUCGGGGGCGGGGCCAGGCGCUACGAUCACCUCGGGGGGGCAGGCUUCCUGGACGAGGCGGUGUUCGAGCAAAUCAACCUGCUGGGGGGCGGGGCCAGCCUGGAGGGGCAGGGCUCCGACUCCGGCCUAUCGCUGGGCUCGGGCUCCCGUAGCCCCGCCUCCCCCGACCCCUUGGAGCUGUCGCCGGGGUUUGAGGGGGCGGCGGGCUGGGACGGAGACGCCAUGGCAACCUUGGAGAGGGCGGAUUCAGUCCGGCACGACCACACCUACCCGGCCCCGCCCCCCUGCCUGCGGGCGGUGAAGGAGGAGCCUGCGAGCGAUGAGGAAGAGGAGGAGGAGGAGGAGCAGCAGGGGGGCAGCAGGGACGAGCAGCGUGCGCGGGCGCUCUGCAUCCCCGUGUCGGUGCGGGACGCGGUGGCCAUGCCCGUGGAGGACUUCCUGCGGCUCCUGGGGCGGGGCCUGGCGGGGCCCCAGGUGGCCCUGCUGCGGGACAUCCGCCGGCGCGGGAAGAACAAGCUGGCCGCGCGGAACUGCCGCCGGCGCCGCCUGGAGGCCAUCGGCCGGCUGGAGGGGGAGGUCUCGCGCCUGCAGCGCCACCGCCAGGCCCUGCUGCGCCAGCGCGCCCACAGCGCCCGCGCCGCCGCCAGCCUCUCCCAGCGCAUCGCCCGCCUCUCCCAGCGCGUCCUCGCCCAGCUGCAGCUCAGCCCCGCACACCACGCCCUGCGCUGCUCCCCCGAGGGCCGCGUCAGCGUGGAGCCCAGGAGCAGGAGGAGGGACAGGAAGCGCUGAGCCAAGAACUGCCCCACCCCGCCGUAACUGCCCCACCCCUGUCCCAGUGCGGAGUGGGGUCUGUCCCUACCAUACUCAGUGUGUCAAAUAUAUAUGUGUGUAUAUGAGAGAGAGAGCGAGAGAGAUUACCUUGUGCCUGUGUGGGGGAGGGGGUCCAGGUGAUGUACCUAAAACACUGGACUGAACUCUUAUAUUGCUGUAAAACAAGGAUUUCUGAAUAAACAUGAUUAUUUCUGCUGUACAGCUGGGGGGUUCGGGAGGGCCGCGGGGCUACAAUGUUCGUGUCACUCUUUUUAAAAAGGAGGAGAGCCUGCUGUGCGUGUGGCUCUGCUCUGCGCACGGAGCCUGCCAGUCCCCGCCCUGAUUGGUUCAUUUUGUGUCCAUGGUGACAGCUGACUGUGCGCAAUUGGUUCCUGAGUGCAGUUGUGAGGGAGGAGGAAGCGUGAUUAGACAGACAGACAGGGGGCGCUGGUGAGCACAUGCUUUUGAUUGGACAGUGAGCUGGACUCCCCUCGGGUUCAGCCAACCAGGAGCAGGCUGUGGGCGGUUGGUUCCGCAGGGUGGCGGUUAAGUGACCUUAACGUGUUAAUUGAAGAAGUGGUUUGCAUUGUGUGUUUCUUUUUUCUUUUCUAAAUGAAUUGAUGCAUUUGUUAUAUGCGCUGUAAUGUACAAAUUCAUAUUUUUGUAUGCAUUCUAAUCUUGCGAUAAUGUAUUUAAUUCAAAUUUGUAACCUUAAAACAUCCAAAACAUCUUUUUUUUAUUUUAAUUUAUUAUGGAAAAAAGUGUUUGUGUGUGGGUUUGUUUUAAAGCAGAAUAAACAGUUCUUCGCUUCCCCACUGGGUUAAGGUGGGAGGUCUCCGAUUGGCUGACACUGGGAUUCAAGUUAGACCCCACUGUAUAAUUGGCUGUCCUUACAUGGUAAGGAGGACUGUCGUUUCCUAUUGGUGGAAAUGACAAGGGCGAGCAUUUCUAUUGGUGCUCUGCACUGACAUCACAGAUGUAUGUGGAAAGGACUGCUUAGAACCUCGGUUUGUCCUGGAAAAAUAAUUCAGUUGGUCACCAAAAACAUAUUUGCUUUGGUCUCCUGGAUGUUUUUAUGUUAUACAGUGCAGUGCGACUGCUGUGGUGUCCAGCUUGCUGCCUCAUCAGUCUGACCUAGUUUGCCAACUCGACUACUGAACUGAUCGUCUGAACACAAGUUGGUGUUUGGUGUUAGCUGGAGGUGGCAGAUGUGCUUCUCAGCCCUGACAGAAUGUUCCAGACCCGGGUCUUCAACACGUUAAAUUUACCAGACACUUUUAUCCAGAGUGACGUAAAGAACGUGCUUGUAGCUUUUAUGUAGCAGAUAUUUACCUGAGCCAUUUCUGUGUAGUACCUUUAGCUCGAUGGUACGAUGAGGAACCUCACCAGAAGCCCUACCUGGGAUUCACACCUGCAGCCUCUGCAGUAUGAGCCCAGCUCCGUGUGAGGCGUGUGCGGCUCCGUGUGCAGCUCCGUGUGCAGCUCUGUGUGAGGCCUGUGCAGCUCUGUGUGAGGCCUGUGCAGCUCUGUGUGAGGCGUGUGCAGCUCUGUGUGAGGCCUGUGCAGCUCUGUGUGAGGCGUGUGCAGCUCUGUGUGCAGCUCCGUGUGCAGCUCUGUGUGAGGCCUGUGCAGCUCCGUGUGCAGCUCCGUGUGAGGCUUGUGCAGCUCUGUGUGAGGCCUGUGCAGCUCUGUGUGAGGUGUGUGCAGCUCCGUGUGCAGCUCCGUGUGAGGCGUGUGCAGCUCCGUGUGAGGCGUGUGCAGCUCUGUGUGAGGCGUGUGCAGCUCUGUGUGCAGCUCUGUGUGAGGCGUGUGCAGCUCCGUGUGCAGCUCUGUGUGAGGCCUGUGCAGCUCUGUGUGAGGUGUGUGCGGCGACCGACACAUGGCCUUCCGUGAGGGUCUGGAUGGUCUGGAUGGUCUGGAGGGUCUGGAUGGUCUGGAUGGUCUGGAGGGUCUGGAUGGUGGGAAAUGACACAACCCAACUAUGAUCCUUUAUGAUUAGUCUGUUUAUUUCUCUUGUUUGGAUUGGAAUAACUUGUUUCUAAUAAACUUUAAUGUUCCUUCUGUGCUUUAUGAAA